AAUCACGAUAUUUAAUCAAUUUAAAUAAGUUUAUUCGUUGUUAAACGAUGGAUAAGCAACAGAUUUUUCUAUCCAACAACAUAUUCGAUAUAGAUAGUGCACUAGAUAGAUUAGAAGAGAACUUAUUUACAAGUUGUGAAGAAAAGUCAGAAAUUAGUACCGAACCAUUAAAUCAACAGACGAAAUCUGAAAUUAAAGAGAGACAACAACAAAACAAAGAAUCGUCUGAGGAGAAUGGAAAUCUGACGUUUUCGGAUGAUUAUACGUCAGAAGUUCCAAGUGUUCUGGAUGUCAAAACAGAUGAAAAGGAAGAAGUGAAUGUUGAAAAAGAUGUGAUAAGGUCAGAGAUUCUUGACAACGGAAUUUCAUCGACAACUUCGUUUAGUGUUGACGACAAAUCAUCAGAAUGUAUUUCAAGCUCCACAAAUUCUGAAGAAGAUUCUUCAAGCGCUGUUGGUGAUGGAUUUCAGAACAAUGAAAUUUCGUCACAAAUUACGACACAUUUGGAUAAUGACGACUCAAGACGUCUUAUCAGUGAUGAGUCGUCAAAUCAACCUGAUGAUGUUGUUGAUGAUCAGCCAGUAACAACCGACUUAACACUCACGAAAACAGUCGAAUUAACUGAAAACGAGCCCGAUCCGAUACCUGAAGUGAAAAUUUCUGUACAACAAACAGAAUCUGAACAAACAUGCAACAUAAUUCAACCUGAGAUUGUUAAACCAGAUGAAGAAUUAAAACAUAUUGAAGAAGCGAAUGAUUUCAAAGAAAUGUCAAUAAAUAACUUUGAAUCAACGAUGGAUGACAUUUCCGAUGCUGAACUUGAAAGUCUUGAGCAAGAACUUGAAGAUAUUGUUGCAGUUGCUGAACAAAAUGUCGAAAAAGUCAACAAUGAGAAAGUUGUGAAAGAAUUGGAAGAGUCAAUUGAGAAAACUGUUGAGAUUGAAGCUUUUGAAGUGAAAUCUCAAGCAUCAGAGGUUCAAGUUCCAAAAGUUGUCGAGACUCCCACUAAAGUUGAAGAUUUGAACCAAGCUGAGAUUGAUAAACCUUUGGAAGCUGUUGAAGUUAAGCCAGAAGCUUCAAAAACUUCGGAAGAGCUUUAUGAAAAUCCAUCAGAGAUUCCCGAAGAGUCUGUGAUGUCUGAGAUGAUUGAUGAGCAGAAAGAGUCGUCGGCUUCUGAAGCACAAGAUGCUUUGGAACCACAAGAAUCAUCAGUAGAGCCAGCUGAGUCUGCUGCACCUGUCGACGCUGAUUCAGUUUUAUCCACAAGCUCAACUGAUGAGUCAACGUCAAUUCAAAAUCUUCCGUCACAAUCCAAUGAAGACUUCUCUAUCAACGAGUCAAACUCAACGGGAAGUUUAACUUCAGCUCCUGAUUUAGGUCGCGUUCCACCUUAUUGGAUUCCUGACGACAUGACCGAUCAAUGUAUGCAAUGUGAUGCCAAAUUUUCUCUCAUCAAACGACGUCAUCAUUGUCGUGCUUGUGGACUUCUUCUCUGUUCCAGUUGUAGUAGUCAAAAAUUCUUCUUACAUUAUGCUGGUCGUGACGAACGCGUUUGUUUGAGUUGCUUUGAGACACUCUCAAAAGCCCAACAGCAACAACAAAAUCAUCCAAGAAAUCCAAAUCCAGCUAAUCCGAUGGAAUAUUGUUCCACGCUUCCACCACAGCAACAAGUUAAUGCAAGUUCGAUUCAACCACCAACUGUCAUGGUUCCAUCGGGCGUUCUGAAGCGUGGUCCAAAAUCAUCUGAGAGAAAAAGUGUGAUUUUUAGUGAUGGAAUUCGUCCUGGAACUGAUCUUGAUGAGCCAACAAGCAGCUCAAGUCCAAGAGCAACACCAGAAAAGCCACCAAAGUUAAACAUGCCAACAAUGAAUGAGAAGACAAACAGUUUCAUUCCCGAACAUUCGAAUGAUUUGCCACCUGUGUUAACGAAGGAAUCUGAAUUUCAUUACGUUGAUAACAGUCUUCAACUUCUUCAACGUCUUCGUCAAGAGGAAUUGAAAUUUGCUAUUAAUAAAAAUUUUUACGUGACAGUAAAAAUUGUUACAUUGAUUUGCUGCACUAAUAAAACUGUUAUCAACUUCUCAACAUCUGGAUUACUGACUGUGCGACAAGACGAACUGAUGAUUCUUCUUGAACUUAACGAUGAUAUGAUUCGACUACCGAAAGAAGUAUUUUUGCAUUUGAACGAAAUUUAUGGGCGUGCUGAUAAGCAGUCGAUUGUGAUUAAAGAAUAUGGACAUAGCCAAGCAUCGUCUAAUAAUUUUUUGGGAGCUUUUGGUGGGUUUUUGUUUAUUAAGCCAAGUUUUCAAUGCCAACAAUCGCUGACACUUCCAGAACAACCCUAUCUGAUAGGACUUUUAGUUCAUAAAUGGGAGAUUCCAUGGAUGCGACUUUUUCCACUUCGUCUUAUUCUUCGACUUGGAGCACUUUAUCGUUAUUAUCCAACACCAAUUCUUUCAAAUGUUAAUCGUGAGCCAGUUUUUGCUGAGAUUGGAAAUACAGUGAUGAAUUUUCUUGUUGAUUUUCGCAACUUCUCGUACACAAUUGACAUCAUCAAAGGCCUGAACAUUCACAUGGAAGAGCGUAAAACGUCAGUUUUUAUUCCAAAAAAUCGUUACGAUCAAAUCAUGAAAGUCAUUAAUAAUUCGAGUGAUCAUCUUUUAGCUUUUGGUGCUGACUUUAGUAAGCAAGCUGAUGGACAUUUAGUUUGCAUCCAAAACACCGAUUCGGGAACAUCUGAGUCGCUUUCGUACUCAACUCAAGCGAUUAAUAUUCAAGGUCAGAAUCGUAUUCAUACUGGUGCAAGUUUUCUUAUUCUCAAUGGAGCACUUAAAGCGUCGAGUGGUCUAAAAGCCAAAUGCAGUAUUGUUGAAGAUGGUCUCAUGAUUCAAAUCUCGUCAACAAAAAUGACAAAUGUUCGUGAUGCUUUGCGUAACAUGAAAGAUGUUGAGAUCUCAUGUGGACCGAUUGAUGAACAGCAGAAGGAAGCUGAAGAAACGGUUUCAAUUGAAUGGGUUGCUGAUGAUGUAAACUUCAAUCUUGGAGUGUUGUCGCCUAUUGAUAAUCAAAAACUUGAAGGAAAGGAAAGCAUAAGAAUGCGAGUAGACUUUUCAGGUCCAAAUCAUACAAAAAUGCUUCGUUGGAGCGAAGUUUUCUUAUUAGAAUCUGAUGAUGACAUUGGACAUAUUAACGAUGAUCAUUUGAAUUACUCGAAGGUUGCUGAAUCUAUUGCGAAAGCAAGUGGGAGUGCUUUGCUUCCGUUCUUGGAUCUUAUGGCAGUUAAUCAGUUAAAGAAAAUUGGAAUUCGAGUAACACUAGGAGAGAAUAUCAAAUAUUUAGCUGGUUCUGGUGGUGUGACUUUAUCUCCAAUCUACAUGAAUGCUUUAGAUAACGAAUUGAUUGGCGUAAUCCAUCGUCAAGCAUCGUCAAUGGCACGACCAGAUGCAAUCAUGACGCUCGAGCUGAUCUUUUAUAUUCUUAACAAAUAAAUAUUCAUCUCUUCGUAUAUUCUUCUUCUUCGUGUUCAUCUUCACAUAGCUAAAGAGAUUUUCAUUUGAAAUAAAAGAGUUUCCUUGGAAGAGAAAAUAUUGUCAUUAUAUUAUUUGUUUAUCAUAUUAUCGCUAAAAGAUAACAUGUGGAAAUAAAACAAAGUUUGUUAAUAACGCUGUUAAUGUGAAAUAUUUAUUUACUUUUUAAUAAAGAUCAGGGCUUGGAAUGGGAAGUUGAAAAAUUUCUCAAUAAGAAUUAAAAAGUGAAGAAUAAAAUUUAC